GAGAAAGAGAGAAAAACCGAAAAACACAUCACUACAGUCGACCUAUUUUCAGGUAGUAGGAGAAAAAAAGCAAUAUUUUGCGGAAAACUCACGAAUCGUAUUUUAACAAAAUACGCAUUAUACAAACAUUGUUAAAGAGCAACCACAUUAGCAUUUAACUGAUAAGCAAAUGUGCGCAAAAUGAAAGUAACAAUCAAGUCAUGGACGGGCGUUGCAUCUUGGCGUUGGAUAGCGAAUGAUGAGAAUUGUGGCAUUUGUCGCAUGUCCUUUGAGAGCACUUGCCCCGAGUGUGCGCUGCCCGGUGACGACUGCCCACUGGUGUGGGGUGUUUGCUCCCAUUGCUUUCACAUGCAUUGCAUUGUCAAGUGGCUGAAUUUGCAACCGUUGAACAAACAGUGUCCAAUGUGCCGCCAAAGCUGGAAAUUCAAUAUACACUAAAAAAAAAAAGCCAAACUAAGCCCGAAACACGAAAAGCAAAGUAAAGAAAGAAAAACAGAGUGCGAGAACGAAUAGAAAAAGAUUACGAGUGCAAGAGAGCGAAAUUCA